AUGACAAAUCAACGGCUUUCGUGUGGAUUGGAUUUGUGCUGUGCUGUAAAUUUAAAUGAUUGUUUAAUUUAUGCAUCUGAAUCAAGGUAUGAUUUUAUUUGUGUCUCCUUGGUUCAUCCUUUAUUUAAAAGAGAAUUUAUUUCUGGAUCUGCCAAAAAUCGUCCAGGACCACUCACUAGGCCUGAUUUAAUUUUAAACAGUUCAGAUUGGAAUAAUAGAAUAAUUGCGAAGUUUUCAUCACUUAUCAAUGUUGACUCGACCAAUCCAAUUAUUAGAAAAAAUAGCGAAGAGACUUUGAAUCAGGAAUUAGGCUUAGCUAGCCAUUUUGGUUUGUCGGGAGUGACUUUAAAAUUAAAAUACGGGAUAAACAAAAAUGUGAAUCUUGCAAGGAUCAUUUCUGAUAAAAUAUCAAAUCACAAUUGUACUUUCCAGGUAUGGAUACAAGUUCCUAUGGAGAAUCCAAUUAGACAAACCUAUUCUUAUAGAACAGAAGAUUAUCCGGAAGACGAGAAUCCAUGGGAAUGGUGGAAUUCUUUUAGAGUAAUAUGUGAUUAUAAUAAAAAAUUAGGAGUUUCAUUAAUUGUCAGUCAUGAUUUGCCUGAAGAAGAAGAGAUUGAUAGGUGGCUCGGAGAACCAGUGAGAUGUUUAAUUUUGCCAACAACGUUAUUUCUAACUAAUAAAAAGGGAUAUCCAGUACUAAGUAAAGCACAUCAAGCAUUAGUAAGAAGAUUUGCUGUCCAAGAAGUACAAUUUAUUUUAACAGGGGCCUCACGUUAUCAAAGUGUUAGUUAUUAUCAUAACUAUCUUGAUUAUUUAUGGAAGGGAUGUCAAAAUGAUGGAACGGUGGAAAAAUUUGCUCGAGGAUAUGAGGACUAUCUGCAAUGUCCAUUACAGCCUCUAAUGGAUAAUCUCGAAUCACAAACUUAUGAAAUAUUUGAGAAGGAUCCCAUAAAAUAUCGAGAAUAUCAAAGUGCUAUAUACGAAGCUAUAAAUGCGAUAGUAUAUAAAAUGCAAGAGGAAAGAACGAUAAUCAUUAUGGUAGUUGGUGCUGGAAGAGGACCGCUUGUAACCGCAUCUCUGAAUGCCGCGAAAAUGGCAUAUCGGGAAGUAAAGAUAUAUGCAGUGGAGAAGAAUCCUAAUGCCAUAAUAACUUUACAAGCCCUUCAAAGAGAUAUGUGGAAAGAAAAAGUUACAGUGAUAUCAUGCGAUAUGAGAGAAUGGAAUCCUCCGGACAAAGCUGAUAUAAUUGUGUCUGAAUUACUCGGAUCCUUUGGUGAUAACGAAUUGUCACCAGAAUGUCUAGAUAAUGUCCUUAAGUUCUUAAGAGAUGACGGAAUUAACAUACCACAAUCAUACACUUCAUACAUAGCUCCUAUGCAAUCCUCUAAAUUGUACAAUGAAGUGCGACAACUUAGAGAUAAGGACAAACAUCCGUUAGCUCAUUUUGAAACUCUAUACGUAGUACAUCUUCAAAAUAAAUACGAUAUAGCAAAUCCGAAACCACUUUUUACAUUCAAACAUCCAAAUACAGACGCUCUUGCUGACAAUUCGAGAUAUGAAAUCAAGACUUUUCAAGUAGAACAAAAUUGUGUAUUACAUGGAUUUUCAGGAUACUUCACAGCAGUUUUAUAUGAAAACAUCACAUUAAGCAUAGAACCUAGCACAUACAGCUCAGAUAUGUUUAGUUGGUUUCCAAUCUUUUUUCCACUUAAGGAACCAGUACAAUUAAAAGCAGGAGAUGAAAUAGUGGUUCAUUUCUGGCGCAGAUGUGGUUCUAAGAAAGUAUGGUAUGAAUGGUGUCUCAGUAAACCCAUACCAGUCUCAAUCCACAAUAUAACUGGACGCUCUUCCGUUAUCGGAUUAUAA